AUGGCCCCUCCCUCGGGCCUCCACCAAGCCGCCUUAUCCUCCGACUUCGAAACCCCUUUCCCGCCCCUCGUCCGAUCCUCUACCGUGCCCGCUAGUCUCAAGUCGCAUCGCACCGAUCCCUCCCAUCUGGCCCCCGAAGAUGCCUACUCUCCCGUCUCUCCGCCGCGCCGAACCGGUCUCUAUAACGUAGACGGUAGUGGUAGCGGCACCAGCGCCCCCAAUGGCGCCUCCGCCAAUGAGCUACGCCCCAGGCAUACCAGGCGCAAAGAUGGCAGCAGGAGCAGGAGCAGGAGAAGGCCGAGACGUUUUCAGAAGCUGCUCUGGGUGAAGCAAUCAUACCCCGACAAUUACACAGACCAGGCGACCUUCCUCGAGAAACUCCAGCGCAACCCGCGCGUCAAGCCAUACGACUUUUGGCCCCUCGUUGCCGACUCGACCGUUAUUGUCCAACAAGUCUGCUCCGUCAUCAUCUUCAUCGUCUGCUUCGUCGGCAUCUUCCAGGAGCGCGUCAGUCCCGUGUCCGUGGUAGGCUUCAGCAGCUUUGCCACCUUCAUCGGUUGGCUACUAUGGGAUUGGUGGGUAGGGGAGGAGAGUCUGAAAGCGCAAGGCGCAAUGGACGGGACUAUACAUUCGGAUAGGGGACGGGACCCUCGUCCGGUACGGCGCCAGGACUCUGUUGGGGGCCCAACCCGUAACUCGAGCAUGGUCAGUCUUUCGGGAGCGGGAGCGGGAGCGGGAGCAGCAACAUCGACUCCAGCUUCUGUACCACCCUCAGCUGCGCCGUCGCCGCGUCCCGACCAACAUCUACACAUCCCCCGCUUCGGCAUCGGUCCGGCAGAUUCACGUUCCGCCAGCAUCGAGCCCUCUACGGCCGCCGCCUCCCGCGCCGGCUCGCGGGCUCAAUCAGUCGCCGAUUUCCACGAAGCUCACUACGGCCACCACCGACACCGAUCCUCGACCUCCUCUCCGGUCCGCGGCGGCGGCGUCAUCCCAGGGAACAGCCGCCUCCAGCUCCGUUUAUCCACCAUAAAGUCCGCUGUUCUAAUCUACUUCACCCUGCUGGGUCUUUCCCCGAUUCUCAAGUCGUUGACCCGAUCAACAUCCUCCGAUUCCAUCUGGGCCAUCUCCUUCUGGCUGCUUGCCAUCAACAUCUUCUUCUUCGACUACUCCAUCAACAACAACCCGUUCACGCAAGCAACCAUAACCAACCCUCACUCCAACCAAACCGGCGGUAUAGUCAUGGGCGGGUCCACCCCAGCGCCAGCCGGAGUCGGAGUCGGAGGUGUGACUGGAACCGCAACGCCCAUCCCAACCCUGACCUCAACCUCCCCACCCUCAAGCGGGCCUUCAUCAUCCUCAUCCUCGUCCUCAUCUGCAUCCGCUUUCGGAACCGGCACCAACACCAACAGCAAGCCGAUCGUCCCCGGUGGUACCACCUCAACCUCUACUCCCACUAUCCCGACGAGCGCUCCAACGAGCAGCCCAGCCGCAAGAGGCGGCACAGCCCCCAUCCCAACGCAGCACAAAUUCCCCAUCGCCAGUCUCUCCACCAACGCCGCCCUGAUGGCCUCGACCGUGCUCGCCUCCCGCCUGCCCUCCACAGGCCAAGUCUUUUCUCUAACGCUCUUCAGCAUCGAAGUCUUCGGCCUGUUCCCCGUCUUCCGGCGUUACGCGCGCCACCGCUCCUUUCGGUAUCAUGUCAUCCUCACCAUCCUCCUGCUACUAGGAGCCGGAGCCGGUGUGGGGAUUAUCAUCGGGGCGCCAUGUCCCCCGUCACCUAUUCCCUCCACACUAGGAACGAUAGGCGCAGGGACAGCUACCGGUACAAAAGCAGGUGACCUAAUAGUGCGAGAACAAGACGAUACUGGUGUAAUGUGGAUAGCAGGGAUGACAGGUAUCUGCGAAUGCUGGCAAACGUGGCUCAAGCAUUCCGUCCUAGGCAUGAUCGUUUCCUGUCUGAUUGCCGCAUUGGCAAUGGGCGGGUGUAGUUGGUGGCUGAUUGGACUGCAAAAGUACAAGAACGAGAUAUAUGGCCCUUGGGACCCGGCGAGGCCGAUUAUUAUUAGUAGACGGUAUUACGAUGAUGAAUGA